AUGAAAAUAAAUGUUGAGACUUUCUUCCUAAAACUAGCUACUAUUUUUUCUUACUAUCUUCAAAGGUCAUAUAGCUCACCCAAGCAUUUCUCUCCCACAACGAGAUAAAAUUUUUGUGGGAAAACAUUUAAUAAAUUUCAUGGGAAUCUACCUUUAUCCAAUAAAAUAAUUAUGUUAAUUAAGUACUAAAAAAUUAUACGGGCCGCAGAGAAUUACGUGUCGGCCGCCGGUGGGCUAAAUCACAUUCAAUCUGCGCCGACUGUCCCAUGCCACGCGUCGCUCUAUUUAUGGUCAUCCUCUCUUCCGUGUGUUUGGCAGCGUUGACGGCGACUCUCCGUUAUCUUCCCCGAAAGGGCUACGCUGCUUCCGCGUGGGCGGCCGCGUGUCAAGACAUGGCGUGCUAACUAAACUGCUUAUGGAGUCUGUUCGGUCCUCUAAACUUGAUUAGCCUUCAAUUUUUUAUGGGGCCCGCUAGGCUAUCGACGGGUCUCCUAAUGAGUGCGUCGAUGAAGAGCACGGCAAGCCUCCUUUCAAUCCACGCCGUCCGUCAUCUCACUCCGCGUUAUUUAUGGAACGCGCUCUUGCGCCACAGGAACAGCGACGGCUUAGCGAGUCUUUCCUUUUCGGAGAGUGUCAAGCAGGCGAAUGGGCGAGAAGAUCGUUACGGAGGCGAAAGGGAAGCUCACUUCCGCAGUCGGGAGCGGCGGAGAAGGCGGCGAGAUGCAUUUCCGCGGGGUGAGGAAGCGGCCCUGGGGGCGCUAUGCGGCGGAGAUACGCGACCCCGUCAAGAAGAGCCGCGUGUGGCUGGGCACAUUCGAUACGGCCGAGGCGGCGGCGAAGGCCUACGACGCUGCCGCUCGCGAGUUCCGAGGGACCAAGGCCAAGACCAACUUCCCCCGCACCGCCGACGCCUGCGGUAGCCCCAGCAGCCAGAGCAGCACCGUCGUCGAGUGCUCUGGAAACGAUGCCGCGCCGCGGCCGCUCCCCUCCCAGCUCGACGUCAACCUCGUCUACAGCGGCGGCGGCGCUUGCGCAUCCGGCGGCACGCCGUUUGCCUUCCAACCAUUUUCGCUCUUCUACUUUGACCAAAUCGCCAGAUCCGGGACGAUGCCGGCGUCAGCGGUGCGUCAUAUGCCGCCUCUAUGCCGGCCGAUGGUCGUCGCCUGCUUCAAGCCGCCGCGCGAAGUAACCGCCCGUAGCGACUCAGAUUCCUCCUCCGUCGUGGAUCCACAACAACCGGACCGCUGGUCACCGGCGCCGCAGCCACUUUCCAAGACGUCACGUCUCGAACUGGAUCUCAACCUCCCGCCGCCAGAGACGGUGGAGUGAUCUUCACAGGAGCCACACCGUCGUAUCCCUUGUCAAGUUUCUUCAUUUUUUUAAUUUUCAAAAGAAAAAAAGGAAAAAAAAAAACCCGUCGGCGACAUGUAAUUUAAUUGCCUCCUUCCAUUGUCAUAAAUCAUUUAACAAUAUGCGCGACUUCGUUAGCCGGCAGGCGUUUUGUCUUCA